GCGCGGGUCGCAGCCUGUCCUCCCCUUCGCUGAGCCCCGCAUCCAGCGCAGCCUUCCCGGGAAGCGCGGCUGCCGCUCGCGAGCGCUGCCUUGCCCUGCCCUGCCUAGUCCAGCCCUUUAGCCGCGCGUCCAGGUGCCCGCGGCCCGCGGCCACAGCCUUGCUGCGCUAUAGCGCACGGAGCAUGUGCAGACCCUCAGGCGCCGAAGUGCUCUCUGCCCCGGGGGGCUUCUGGCAGUGGUGACUGACUGUCACACCUAAAGAGACCUUUCGGGGGCUCUCGCCGCGCCUCUGCGUCGCGGGGGGACACUGCGGUGCUUGCGAUCAGAGCGACAGCUGCCUCUCGCCGAAGACGUCCUGGGCUGAGUGCGCCCUCCCUCUCUUCCUCGUAUCGCUCUUUCCCUCCCAUCCGCGGUUACUAGCCCCUUAGCUCGCCGGAUCACACCCGCAACCUCUAAGGAGCGGGAGGCGUGGGUCCCUGCCACCCCUCUUCGAGCGGGGCCUCCUCACUUCGGAGAUGCAAUGACAAGUUAAUAUGGGCGUCCAAGCCUCGGGGUCCCAGGAGGAGAAUCGCAAGAGGCAACAGCACCUGAACGCCCAGAGCCCUUGAACAGGCCACCCAGGAGGGGCGUGAAACCCGGCGGCAGCAUCCGUCCAGGUGGGACCGGCUGAGCGCCGCGCGAUCAGUCCUCCGCCGGGUUCCCGCACCGCCAAGGCCAGCUCGUCCGAUUGCUCCGAGAUCCCCGACCCGGGGAUUUUUUCUUUUUUUUUUCUUUCCCUCGGCUGGUGGUGGGCGCCUCUCGGGCCGAAGCCCGGCGCCUGCUCUGCUGCCCGCGCUGCCUUUAGCGGUCGCCUCCGCUGCCGCUUCCAGGGACGUGCUGGGAAAGCCGAAGCCCCGGGAGAAGAUGCCGGCCAUCCUGGUGGCCUCCAAAAUGAAGUCGGGACUGCCCAAACCCGUGCACAGCGCCGCGCCCAUCCUGCACGUGCCCCCAGCCCGGGCGGGCCCCCAGCCUUGCUAUCUCAAGUUGGGAAGCAAGGUGGAGGUGAGCAAGACCGCCUACCCUAGCCAGAUCCCCCUGAAAUCGCAGGGGCUGCAGGAGCCGGCGGGGGAGGGGCUCCCGCUGCGGAUGAGCGGCUCGGUGGAAAACGGGUUCGAUACCCAGAUCUACACGGAUUGGGCCAAUCACUAUCUAGCCAAAUCAGGCCACAAGCGUCUCAUUAAGGAUCUCCAGCAAGAUGUGACGGACGGUGUCCUCCUAGCCCAGAUUAUCCAGGUUGUAGCAAAUGAGAAGAUCGAAGACAUCAAUGGCUGUCCGAAGAACAGAUCGCAAAUGAUUGAAAACAUAGAUGCCUGCUUGAAUUUCCUGGCAGCUAAAGGAAUCAACAUCCAGGGACUCUCUGCGGAAGAGAUCAGGAAUGGAAAUCUCAAGGCCAUCCUAGGCCUCUUCUUCAGCCUCUCCCGGUACAAGCAGCAGCAGCAGCAGCAGCCGCUGCCGCCCCAGAAGCCACACCUUCCCUCGCCACUGCCGCCCGCCGGGUCCCAGGCGGCAGGGGCCCCCUCCCAGUGCCAGGCUGGCCCUCCUCAGCAGCAGGUGCCAGCCACCCCCCAAGCCCUGUGCCAGCCUCACCAACCAGCGCCGCAUCAGCCGUCAAAAGCACAAGCCGAGAUGCAGUCCAGUGCAUCUUCCAAGGACUCAUCACAAAGCAAAAUCAUCCGCUUCACUCUGGGUCAGAAAAAGAUCUCUAGACUUCCAGGUCCUACCGCGAGGGUAUCCGCUGCAGGCAGCGAGGCCAAGACACGCGGAGGGUCAGCCACUGCUAACAACCGACGGAGCCAGAGCUUUAACAACUAUGACAAGUCUAAACCGGUCACUUCCCCACCCCCACCAUCAAGCAGCCACGAGAAAGAGCCUUUGGCGAGCCCGGCAUCCUCCCACCCCGCAAUGAGUGAAGAUGCACCCGCUGCUUUGGAGGGGGGCGGCGGGUGUGGCCCUGCUAGCUGCAGCGCCUCCUCGGCCAUCCCCCAGCCCGGCUCGGCCUCCAAGCCCUGGCGCAGCAAGUCGGUCAGCGUGAAGCACAGCGCCGCAGCCGCCGCGCUCUCGGUCAAGCCGCCCACACCGGAGCCCCCCCGGCCCGCCCCUGAAGCCCUGAAGCCAGCCCCCAACAAUCAGAGGUCGAUGCUGGAAAAACUAAAACUUUUCAACAGCAAGGGGGCCUCCAAGGCGGGCGAGGGCCCGGGGUCGCGGGACACGAGCUGCGAGCGGCUGGAGAUCCUGCCCAGCUUCGAGGAGAGCGAAGAGAUGGAGGCGGGCGGCCGCCCGCUGUCGGCGGCCGGUCCCCCGUCCAACAGCCCCAAGAUCGCCCUCAAGGGCAUCGCCCAGAGGACUUUCAGCCGGGCGCUGACCAACAAGAAGAGCUCCCCAAAAGGCAGUGAGAAGGAAAAGGAGAAACAACAGCGCGAGAAGGAGAAAAGCAAGGACCUCACCAAGAGAGCCUCGGUGACAGAGAGGCCGGACCUCAGAGAGGGGCCGAGAGAAGACCCCAGCGGGGCCGCCCUGACCGAGAUGCCCAAAAAGUCCUCCAAGAUUGCCAGCUUCAUCCCCAAAGGGGGGAAGCUCAACAGUGCCAAGAAGGAGGCCCCGGCCCCUUCCCACAGCGGGAUACCAAAACCAGGGAUGAAGAGCGUGCCCGGGAAAUCCCCAAGUGCCCCCACGCCUUCCAAGGACGGGGAGCGAGCCCGGGGUGGGAAGCCAACCUCAGGGCUCCCCCAGCAGAAGCCCCCGCUGGACGGCAGGCACUCCAGCUCCUCCUCCAGCCUGGCAUCCUCGGAAGGAAAAUGCCCCGGAGGGACCGGCCUGAACCACAGCAUCAGCAGCCAGACUGUCAGUGCGUCCGUGGGGACCACCCAGACCACAGGAAGCAAUACUGUCAGUGUCCAGCUACCUCAGCCCCAGCAGCAAUACAGCCACCCCAACACUGCCACCGUGGCGCCUUUCCUGUACAGGUCCCAGACAGACACCGAAGGGAAUGUUACUGCCGAAUCCAGCUCAGGGGGUGUGACCAUGGAGCCCAGCCACUACACCAAGAGUGGACAGCCUGCCCUGGAGGAACUCACUGGGGAGGAUCCCGAGGCUCGGCGACUGCGGACGGUGAAGAAUAUUGCUGAUCUGCGGCAGAAUUUGGAGGAGACCAUGUCCAGUUUACGGGGAACUCAGGUUACACACAGCACGUUGGAAACCACGUUUGACACCAAUGUCACCACGGAGAUCAGUGGGCGCAGUAUCCUCAGCUUGACGGGCAGACCCACUCCCCUGGCCUGGAGGCUCGGCCAGUCCAGCCCCCGGCUGCAGGCGGGAGACGCCCCCUCCAUGGGCAAUGGGUACCCUCCCCGAGCCAACGCCAGCCGCUUCAUCAACACCGAGUCGGGCCGCUACGUGUACUCUGCCCCCCUGCGGAGGCAGCUGGCCUCCAGGGGCAGCAGCGUCUGCCACGUGGAUGUCUCGGACAAGGCGGGAGAUGAGAUGGACCUGGAGGCCAUCAGCAUGGACGCGCCUGGCUACAUGAGCGACGGGGACGUGCUGAGCAAGAACAUGCGGGCGGACGACAUCACCAGCGGGUACAUGACCGAUGGUGGACUUGGCCUCUACACCCGCCGUCUGAACCGGCUCCCUGAUGGGAUGGCUGUGGUGCGAGAGACCCUGCAAAGAAAUACCUCCCUGGGCCUCGGAGACGCUGACAGCUGGGAUGACAGCAGCUCCGUCAGCAGCGGGAUCAGUGACACCAUAGACAACCUCAGCACGGAUGACAUCAACACCAGCUCCUCCAUCAGCUCCUACGCCAACACGCCUGCCUCCUCGCGCAAGAACCUGGAUGUGCAGACUGACGCCGAGAAACACUCACAGGUGGAGAGGAGUUCCCUGUGGUCCAGCGAGGAUGUCAAGAAGUCAGACGGGGGCUCAGACAGCGGCAUAAAGAUGGAGCCGGGGUCGAAGUGGAGGCGGAACCCGUCUGACGUGUCUGAUGAGUCCGACAAAAGCACGUCAGGCAAGAAGAACCCCGUCAUCUCACAGACAGGCUCGUGGCGGCGAGGCAUGACGGCUCAGGUCGGCAUCACCAUGCCAAGGACGAAGCCGGCUGCCCCGACAGGCACGCUCAAGACCCCCGGAACCGGAAAAACAGACGAUGCAAAAGUGUCUGAGAAAGGAAGGCUGUCACCCAAAGCCGCCCAGGUGAAGCGCUCCCCAUCAGAUGCCGGCCGCAGCAGUGGUGAUGAAUCCAAGAAGCCCCUCCCCAGCAGCUCCAGGACGCCCACUGCCAACGCCAACAGCUUUGGGUUCAAGAAGCAGAGUGGCUCUGCCGCUGGUCUGGCCAUGAUCACAGCCAGUGGGGCCACGGUCACCAGCAGGUCAGCCACACUCGGCAAAAUCCCAAAGUCAUCCGCGCUUGUCGGUCGGUCCACUGGUCGGAAGACGAGCAUGGACGGGGCUCAGAAUCAGGACGAUGGGUAUCUGUCUCUCAGCUCCCGGACGAACUUACAGUACCGGAGUCUGCCAAGGCCCAGCAAGUCUACCAGCCGGAAUGGGGCCGGGAACAGGUCUAGUACCAGCAGCAUAGAUUCCAACAUCAGCAGCAAGUCAGCCGGCCUGCCAGUGCCCAAGCUGAGGGAGCCUUCCAAAACAGCCCUGGGCAGCUCUCUGCCAGGUCUGGUCAACCAGACGGAUAAGGAGAAAGGCAUCUCUUCCGACAACGAGAGCGUGGCUUCCUGUAACUCGGUGAAGGUGAACCCGGCACCCCAGCCUGUGUCCAGUGCGGCUCAGGCCACUCUCCAGCCAGGGGCCAAGUACCCUGAUGUGGCCUCUCCCACGCUCCGCAGACUCUUUGGUGGGAAGCCUACCAAGCAAGUGCCCAUCGCCACAGCCGAAAACAUGAAAAACUCGGUGGUCAUCUCCAACCCUCAUGCCACCCUGAGCCAGCAGGGUAACUUAGAGUCCCCCUCGGGCAGCGGCGUCCUGAGCAGCGGGAGCAGCAGCCCUCUCUACAGUAAGAACGUGGACAGCACCCAGUCCCCGCUGGCCUCCAGCCCCAGCUCUGCCCACUCGGGCCCCUCCAACAGCCUCACCUGGGGCACGAACGCCAGCAGCUCCUCGGCCGUGAGCAAGGACGGCCUGGGCUUCCAGUCGGUCAGCAGCCUCCACACCAGCUGCGAGUCUAUUGACAUCUCCCUGGGCAGCGGAGGGGCGCUGAGUCACAACUCCUCCACCGGCCUCAUCGCUGCCUCCAAGGACGACGCCCUCACCCCCUUUGUUAGAACCAACAGUGUGAAGACCACACUGUCGGAAAGCCCUCUCUCUUCCCCUGCCGCUAGCCCUAAGUUCUGCAGAAGUACUCUGCCCCGGAAACAGGACAGUGACCCGCACCUUGAUAGGAACACUUUGCCUAAAAAAGGACUCAGGUAUACCCCCACCUCCCAGCUCCGCACACAAGAAGAUGCAAAAGAAUGGUUACGGUCCCACUCUGCAGGAGGCUUGCAGGACACCACCGCCAACUCCCCUUUCUCCUCUGGCUCCAGUGUAACUUCUCCUUCUGGAACAAGAUUCAACUUUUCUCAGCUGGCGAGUCCCACCACCGUCACCCAGAUGAGCUUGUCCAACCCGACCAUGCUGAGGACCCACAGCCUCUCCAAUGCCGACGGGCAGUAUGACCCGUACACCGACACCCGCUUCCGCAACAGCUCCAUGUCCCUGGACGAGAAGAGCAGAACCAUGAGCCGCUCAGGCUCAUUCCGGGAUGGGUUUGAGGAAGUUCAUGGAUCCUCACUCUCCUUGGUUUCCAGCACGUCAUCAAUUUAUUCUACACCAGAAGAAAAAUGCCAGUCAGAGAUUCGCAAACUACGGCGGGAACUGGAUGCCUCCCAAGAAAAAGUUUCUGCUUUGACCACCCAGCUGACAGCAAAUGCUCACCUCGUGGCAGCCUUUGAGCAGAGUCUCGGAAACAUGACCAUCAGGCUCCAAAGCUUAACCAUGACGGCUGAGCAGAAGGAUUCAGAACUGAAUGAGUUAAGAAAAACCAUUGAGUUGCUGAAGAAACAGAACGCAGCUGCCCAGGCUGCCAUUAAUGGAGUAAUUAACACCCCAGAGCUCAAUUGCAAAGGGAAUGGAACCUCCCAGGCCACAGACCUCCGCAUCCGCAGGCAGCACUCCUCCGACAGCGUCUCCAGCAUCAACAGCGCCACCAGCCACUCCAGCGUGGGCAGCAACAUAGAGACCGAUUCAAAGAAGAAGAAGAGAAAGAACUGGGUCAAUGAGUUACGCAGCUCCUUCAAGCAAGCCUUCGGGAAGAAGAAGUCCCCCAAGUCAGCGUCCUCCCAUUCAGACAUUGAGGAGAUGACGGAUUCUUCUCUGCCUUCCUCACCGAAGCUACCACACAAUGGAUCCACGGGCUCCACUCCCCUGCUGCGAAACUCUCACUCCAAUUCUCUCAUUUCGGAGUGCAUGGACAGCGAAGCUGAGACGGUCAUGCAGCUCCGAAACGAGCUGAGAGACAAGGAGAUGAAGCUGACCGACAUCCGCCUGGAAGCCCUCAGCUCUGCCCACCAGCUGGACCAGCUGCGGGAGGCCAUGAACAGGAUGCAGAGUGAAAUAGAGAAGCUGAAGGCUGAGAAUGACCGGCUGAAGUCAGAGUCUCAAGGCAGUGGCUGCAGCCGGGCGCCCUCCCAGGUGUCCCUGUCCGCCUCCCCCAGGCAGUCCCUGGGGCUCUCCCAGCACAGCCUGAAUCUCGCCGAGUCCAGCAGCCUGGACAUGUUGCUGGAUGACGCUGGUGAAUGCUCGGCUCGGAAGGAAGGAGGCAGGCAUGUUAAGAUAGUUGUCAGCUUUCAGGAGGAAAUGAAGUGGAAGGAGGAUUCCAGACCACACCUCUUCCUCAUUGGCUGCAUUGGAGUCAGUGGCAAGACGAAGUGGGACGUGCUUGAUGGGGUUGUUAGACGGCUCUUCAAAGAGUACAUCAUUCACAUUGACCCAGUGAGUCAGCUGGGGCUGAACUCGGACAGCGUCCUUGGCUACAGCAUCGGGGAUGUCAAGCGCAGCAACACCUCCGAGACCCCCGAACUGCUUCCCUGUGGCUACCUGGUGGGGGAGAACACGACCAUCUCCGUGGCGGUCAAAGGGCUCGCGGAAAACAGCCUGGACUCGCUGGUGUUCGAGUCCCUGAUUCCCAAGCCCAUCCUGCAGCGUUAUGUGUCCCUGCUCGUGGAGCACCGGCGCAUCAUCCUCUCGGGGCCCAGCGGCACCGGGAAAACCUACCUGGCCAACCGGCUGUCAGAGUACCUGGUGCUCCGGGAGGGGCGCGAGCUGACCGACGGGGUCAUCGCCACCUUCAACGUGGACCACAAGUCCAGCAAGGAAUUGCGCCAGUACCUGUCCAACCUCGCCGACCAGUGUGCCAGCGAGAACAACGCCAUGGACAUGCCUCUUGUCAUCAUCCUGGACAAUCUGCAUCACGUCAGCUCCCUGGGCGAGAUCUUCAACGGGCUGCUCAACUGCAAGGACCACAAAUGCCCUUACAUAAUUGGCACGAUGAACCAGGCUACCUCUUCUACUCCCAACUUGCAGCUUCAUCACAACUUCAGGUGGGUGCUUUGUGCCAACCACACGGAGCCCGUGAAGGGUUUCCUGGGCCGGUUCCUGCGGCGGAAGCUCAUGGAGACGGAGAUCAGUGGGCGGAUGCGGAACGUGGAGCUGGUGAAAAUCAUCGACUGGAUUCCCAAGGUCUGGCAUCACCUCAACCGCUUCCUGGAGGCGCACAGCUCCUCGGACGUCACCAUAGGCCCCCGGCUCUUCCUGUCGUGUCCCAUCGACGUGGAUGGUUCCAGGGUGUGGUUCACCGACCUGUGGAACUACUCAAUCAUCCCCUACCUCCUGGAAGCCGUCAGAGAAGGACUCCAGCUGUAUGGAAGGCGGGCCCCCUGGGAGGAUCCCGCCAAGUGGGUGAUGGACACCUAUCCUUGGGCGGCCAGCCCACAGCAGCACGAGUGGCCCCCUCUCCUGCAGCUCCGGCCCGAGGAUGUUGGCUUCGACGGCUACUCCAUGCCUCGGGAGGGGUCAACCAGCAAGCAGAUGCCCCCCAGUGACACUGAAGGAGACCCGCUGAUGAACAUGCUCAUGAGGCUGCAGGAGGCCGCGAACUACUCCAGCCCCCAGAGCUACGACAGCGACUCCAACAGCACCAGCCACCAGGACGACAUCCUGGACUCGUCCCUGGAGUCUACUCUGUGACGGGGGCCGGGACCCGGAGCCCGCCCUCCUCCCUGUCCAAGCUCCCCCAUCCUCCUCGCCCUGCACCGGCCUCCCCCGUGCCCCCCAAAGACGCCCUCCUGAGCCAGCCCCCGGCCGCUGCGUGAGCGCUGCGGGGAGCCCCACGCCCCUCCUCGUCCUCCAGCCUUGACCUGGGUGCAGACGCCCUGGGCUGGCUGCCUCGGGCCCGCGUCCUUCACAGCGAAAACUGCACUAUCUUCCGUUUUCAUUACGGUUCUGCCUUGUUGCCGUGACCUCGGAGAGAUACUUCUCGGGAAAGGACCAUCACCGUUGAAACGAGAAGGUGGAAAACAGCAACAACAACAAACCCUUUUGAAGCUCUGAGACCAAGCAGCCUCCUUGCCCUGAGCUGCCCGGAGAUGGAAGCAGAGUUGGAAACGGAGACAGCCCGGGUCCACCCUCCCCCCCACCCCCAACCCCGCCGAUGCUGUUCCACCCUGCCGACGCCCUUCCACCCCGCCGGCCCCAGAGAGACCCGGUGCCCGCCGGGGUCCUUGCUCUGGACGCCCUCAGCAAACCGCAGAGCCACAUCACAGGGCAACCUUAGUAAAAGCAAACCGUGCUUUCUCUUCUGUUUGUUUUCGAAAUGGUGCUCUCCUUACCCGAGAGGUAUUCCGCCUGUCCCAGCUCACCCCCACCUCUCAGAUCUGUCAGCCUCCGGUUCAUCCUCCAGCGAGAGUGUGCGGCCGAGUGGACGCGGCUGUAAAGGCCGAGCUGCAUGUGUCCGAGUCCUUCUCCCACGGAAACACGUCUGGUCUUGUUCCUGCUAACACUGUGUACAGUCAGAACUGGUCUACCUUGGCGAACCCAUCACCUCCUUUGAAAAUGAGGUCGACUUCUUCCUUUCUGACUCUUGAUUUUGAAGGUUUUUUUUUUUUUUUUUUUCCCCUCUCCUCCCCCUCAUGGUCAGAAUCCAUCCUUUGGUGAACGUGAGAACCGCAGGAGUUAGCUUUUGGUUUGGUCCUGCUGAGUUUUGGUUUUCAGUUGUCCAUCUUCACGGUUCUACACACUCGCCGCCUCCUGCUGGGGCUGCUGUCGCUGCACCCUUGAAGGUGGGGCCAGCACCCCAUCCUCAGCGUGUGGCUGGGCGGGACCUUGCCUUUCCUCCUCCUCCCUGAGGCUACAGGACGCAUGUCGACACCUCCAGCGUGCCAGCCCCCAGCCUCAGGGCCGGGGUGGGAGGUCACCUCGCAAAACACUUGCACUUUCCCCAGUACCAACGGGACAUCACACAAGUCAACAGGCGGGGGUGGCCGCCCCCUUCCAGAAGCCGCAGCCUCUGGUGAUGAGUCUUGCCUGACCUCUUCGGUGCUGACCUUCCCAAAGCGAUGCCUUACUGGUUUUGUAUUCACCGUGAUCAUUGUUGAGUGUUGUGCCUGCCUGGGGUCUGUUUUUCUGUUUUCCACAUCAGAGCAAACAGGGCUAACAAGUCAUGUACUCACUAGGAGAACUCAGUUAAUGUGACUUUUCUCAUCUGAAAGACUCUUUCGUGUGGAUGCACGACUAUGAAAAUGAAAAAGGAAAAAAAAAAAUCGUUUUUUUUUUUUUUAGGUUCUUAUCAGCUAACACCCUGACUAGACAGCAAUCUGUCUUGUGCAGGAAAAGGCAAAAGUUCCCGCAGUGUUACAUGGCAUUGCCGAGUCAUGCUCUGCUGGUACGUGUCUUCAACGUGCUGAUAUUUUCUCUACAGAGUGUGGUCAGUCUUUGAGUCAUUUGUUUGUUUUAUUUUUAUCAGACCCCCAGGGGGGGUUUCUCUAUUAAUGAUCAGGGUUUUUAACUCCAUUUUUUUUUUACAUUUCUGUUUCCAAACGUCCCUCUCCCAAACAUGUUAUUUUCUUCCCACAAGAGCUUGACCUGAAAGCACUCACGUGACAUUGGAUGACACCAUUUACUUCCUCUUUAAAAUGAAAAGUGAACUGUGUCCCACUAACAGGUGAAUGGCAAACCUCUUGACGUGCUCUUUUCUUUAAUCUUAAUUUAAAAAAGUCUUAGCAGACUGGGUUCUGCUAAGCCUUCCUGAGUCACCUGGGUGUGUGAGUGUGUCUUACUCUGUUUUGUUUUUCAUAAAAUGUUCAAAGCAUGUAUUUUAGCCUGUGACCUCGGGGCCACCACCCUGAGCCUUCUGUGUAACCUGAAGAACAGUCCUCCUCAGUCUUGUCUCCCAGCGAUGACCUUAUACGCUCAUACUGUGAAUUUGGGAGGAGGCACAAUGGACUACUCCUCCUCGUGGGCAGUUUUCCCAGUCACGUGGUGAGUAGACACCUGCCAAUAUCCUUUGAAACGUUUCUUUUGACGACUCCCUCUUCACUCUUUCUUUCUUGCCCGACCCCACAGACUUCCCUCCCACCGGGGCUGGGCCCAGCACGGAGACCGCUGUCCCUGGUGCUGCCUGGCAACCACGUGGUGGUGUCAAGGAGCGGAGCCCUGCACGAUUCACAGCUCGAUUCACAGCUCGGUGUCUUUCCUAACGUUUCGGGAAGCAGGGUUGUCUGAUAUGCACAUUUCUUACUUUAGUCCUGCUUUCCUUUUGUGUCGCUCACCUUUGACAAAGUGACUUUGUGCUUAUUUAGGGCUCUGUCCGAAAUGCUUCCAUUUUUGCCUUUUUCUACAGUUAGGCUAAUUUUGAAAAUGUCUGAAAUUCUAUGCAACAUUUGUGUUGAGUUACCGAUGGAAGCCAAAAGUUUUCUUCCCAAACUGCCGAGAAUUUUACAGGCCAUAAAUGAGAUGGGAAUUCCUUUUAAUUUAAGGAGGUGGGUGGGACAGGGGUGGGACACGGAACGAGACUUACCUAGAUCUUUGUUGUAAUCUUGGGGACAUUUUUUUAUUUUAUUGUUGAUGCUUAAACUUCAAAAUUCUGUGUAUUCAGAUUUGAUCGUGGCGAAUCUACUUCAAAAGAAAAAUAAAUAAUCCAACUUUGUGGAUAUGAAAUGAAAGGUUUGCUGUUUUGAUCUAGUUGUUUCCAGUGGAGCAGUUUAUGAAAUAUGUUCUAUAAGAUGUACAUUUUUUCAUUGUAACAUAGAAAUUGUAAAUAAUUGAUUAAAGUGCUGCAUUUUGAUGAAUUUUUUCUAGCCAUUUUUAAAGAGAAAACUAGGAAUUGAGUAUUUUGUGUACGGUAUGUUUCCUUCCUCCCUCCCUCCCUCCCUCCCUAUUUAAUUUUCAUUUAUCAUGAGGUUUUUGGAUUUGCCAAUGAUCUGCCGGAGAUCAUGCCCCACGUCAUAGAGAAUAAAGCUGAUGAUUGUACCAGUCUUAAAUUAUUCAUGAUUCAAUAAAAUUGAUGCUUAUUUAUUCA